AUGUGCCAAGCUGUGUUUGGGUCACUGCAGGACUCUUCAACUUCCUGGCGUAUACACUGGGUCAGUACUGCUGUGUGUGUUCUUACUGGGGUGUGUGGGUGUGUGUGUGUUUUUACUGGUGUGUGUGUCUCUGUCUCGCUCUCUCUCUGUUAUAAAGACGGUGUGGAUGGUAAGCAGGCGAGGCGUACUAACUCCUCCACACCACUGGGGGAGCUGUUUGACCACGGCCUGGACAGCUGGGCCUGUGUGUUCUUCGUGGCCACCGUCUACUCCAUAUUUGGGCGUGGCGCGAGCGGUGUGGGCGUGGCCACGUUGUACUACAUCCUGUGGGUGGUCCUGUUCUCAUUCAUCCUGUCUCACUGGGAGAAAUACAACACAGGAGUCCUCUUCCUUCCCUGGGGCUAUGACAUCAGCCAAGUGGUGAGUAGGACACACACCUACCUAUUAUUAUAUAUACCUACACACCUACCUUAUUAAUAUACCGAUAAGAACGAACACGACCGAGGAGGGAGAGAAAAUAAAAAAAGAAAGAGGAACCACUAGAUGAGAGAACCGACACACCGAAUAGGAGGAUAGAGACCACACACCGACCGAUGUAGGGAUAGACCGACACACCUACCGAUGAGUGAUAAUACUAACACACCACCUAUAUGAUAUAACCACAACCGACCGAUGAGGAUAGAUACCUACAACACCUACCUAUUAUUAUAUAUACCUACACACCUACCUAUGAUUAUAUAUACCUACACACCUACCAUUAUGAUAUAUACCUACACACCUACCUAUUAUUAUAUAUACCGACAACCUACCUAGUAUUAUAUAUACCACACACCGACCGAUUAGUAUGAUACAGACACACCACCUAUUAUUAGAUAUACCUACACACCUACUAUAUUAUAUAUACCUACACACCUACCUAUUAUUAUAUAUACCUACACACCUACCUAUUAUUAUAUAUACCUACACACCUACCUAUUAUUAUAUAUACCUACACACCUACCUAUUAUUAUAUAUACCUACACACCUACCUAUUAUUAUAUAUACCUACACACCUACCUAUUAUUAUAUAUACCUACACACUACCUAUUAUUAUGAUACCUACACACCUACCUAUUAUUAUUAUACCUACAAACCACCUAUCCUACCACUCCUAUUGUAUGUAACCUACACACCUACCUAUUAUGUAUACGACGACACCGACCUAUAUUAUGUAGACCACACACCUACGAUAUUAUAUACUACACACCUACCGAGGAGUAGAGUAACCACACACCGACCGAGAUGAGAUAAAACCGUGACAGAAGAACACCACCAAUAAAACCACAUACCAGUAGUAGAGAACCUACACACCACCGAUGAGGGAAGAACCACAACACCGACCGAGGAUGGAGAGAGACCUACACACCACCGAGAGUUAUAAGACCACACACCGACCGAUGAGGUAUAGAGACCACAACCACAGAGAUAACCUACACACCACCGUAUGAGAGAGACCACACACCACCUAUGAUGAGAGAGAAACCUACAAACAUUAAACCUACCACCGACUAUGUAGAAUAUACCUACACACCUGACUAGUAGGAGAUAUGACCGACACACCACCUAUUAGAUAUAGACCACACACCACCUAUUAUGAUAUAUACCACACCACCUACCUAUUAUUAGAUAUACCUACACACCUACCUAUUAUUAAUAGACCUACACACCUACCUAUAUUAUAUAUACCUCCCACACCUACCUAUAUAUAUACCUACACACCUACCUAUUAUUAUAUAUACCUACACACCUACCUAUUAUUAUGUAUACCUACACACCUACCUAUUAUUAUAUAUACCUACACACCUACCUAUUAUUAUAUAUACCUACACACCUACCUAUUAUUAUGUAUACCUACACACCUACCUAUUAUUAUAUAUACCUACACACCUACCUAUUAUUAUGUAUACCUACACACCUACCUAUUAUUAUAUAUACCUACACACGGCCCCUCGUCCUUCAUUCUUUCUCUCUCUCUCUCUCUCAGUCCAUCUCUAUAGUGUACAUCUUCACAGCGAUGGUUGGCGUGGAGACAUGGUAUGAACCAAUCUGGUGGAACUUCCACUACCGAGACCUGUUCACUUUCAUGAUCCUCGGUGAGCUCCCAUUGGUCCGUUGGGUGCACCUUGCUGUGUGAUUGGUUCAGAUGGGAUGUUGUGUUCUGAUUGGUUUCUGUGAUGUCAUCUCCAGGUUGUUCCUUCACUGUGACCCUUCCCAUGAGCCUCUACAAUGUCUUCAAGUAA